GGAUUAAUGCUUAAACUUGCCCUCUGUGGGUGCGCUGCAGGUACAGUGCAAGUCUUCUUCCAGACACACAGUGAAGUAAUGCAGGAAACAUGCUCACUGUGUCCUCUCUGACCGUCUGCGACACACCCGUCCGGCCCUAUGGAUCAUGGGAAGCUUGAGGAAGCUUUAGAUUGUGUUUGGAGAGAGCGGGUCAAAGUCAGAGGAGCAUGAGGAGGUUUUUCCGAGCUCACAGGGACGAGGACUUCAGUCAGAUCCAGUAUCUGACAGCCAAGUGCAGCCGCCUGGCGCACGACAGAGCCGUGCUGGAGAGGGAGUUCCUGCUGUCCAGAGAGCGGGAGAGGAAGCUGCAGAAUGAUCUGGAAGCUGCGAGCGCUCAAAUCUUCCACCAGGAGCAGCUGAACCUGGAGCUGAGGAUGAGAGAGGACCAGCUGAUCAGCAGGAUGCACCGGCAACAGGACCUGGUGUCUGCCCUGCAGCAGAGGGUGGGACUGCUGGCGCGGGAGAGCUCUCGGGACGAGGAGCUGCUGAGGCAGGUCGGCUCGGAGCUGAUGUGCCUGCAGAGCUCCGAGGGUAAGCUGGAGGGCCUGGUGGAGGAGCUGCACGCUGAGGCCCAACACAGAGUUGCGGAGGCAGUGAGCUUCCAGGCGGAGCUCCACGCAGAGGCCCAGCGCAGAGCCGAGCGGACGGAGAGCCCCCAGGCAGAGCUGCGCAGUAAGACGGAGAAGCUGAAGGAGCUUCAAGACACAAACCAAACGUUGACAGAGAAGCUGAAGGAUCUAGAGUCGGCUCAUCAGACGGAGGUGAGGGGGCUGACGGAGGAGAACCAGCGCAGCCUGAGGAAGCUGCAGGGCACCGCGGAGCAGUUUGAGUGGCUCUGUCAGCAGCAGCGCUACUGGAUGUGCUGUGUCAAGAGAUUCAAAGACUGCCUGAUGGAAGAGAGAGAUGCUCUGCUGCGACAGGUCAUCCUGUUGAAGAAGAAGACACAGAAACUAAAGCAGAGGUUACGUGAUGACAGUCAGAGCGUCCUCUGUCCCCUGCAGGACUCUAAAUGCUGCGACUGCAUAACGUUAUGGGAUGCCGAUGCAGUGGCUGACCUGGAGUCUCAGGUGGAGAAGUCCAACAUGCUGUAUGCAGAGCUCUUUAACCAGGCAGGGAGUCCUAUCAACGAACACCAAAAACCUCCUUGAGGACAGAAGCCGGGACUCGUCUCUUUUCUCUUCCCACCUUCAGCAGACCAGAGGAGAACCACUGGAUGUUUGUGUGUGUGGUAACCUUUGUGGAAAACUUCCCAGUUAUUGUCAUAAAAACCCGAAAAACCUUGGAAAAACAAACCAUAUUCAACGAUUUUCUUCCUCCAUUGUUCACCUGUCUUAAAAGGAAUCUGCUUCAUGACAUACGACUGAAUAAAACCCUCCUCUCCUCCUUUGUUGUGACACAUGUGGCUAACGUUCCUAAAGUCACAUUUCCCUGUAAUUGUCCAUUAUUCAGACCUAGUAAUUAACACUACUAACAAGAGUGAAAAGCACCUGAGAAUGUUCUUUAUUUUUUGUUGUUUUGCCAACGAAUCCUCGCAGGGGAAGCAGCAGCUGGUGUGCAGAGGAAACAACAAACGUGUUGUUUAGACCAAAAUGAAGCUCUAAUUAUUCCCCCACUGAGAAUCUGGUACAUCUCAACCCUGAUGAUCAGAUCUCCUCACUUAUCGCCUGUCAGCCAGAAUCCAAAGCUUAUGUGAGCUGAUAUUGGCUCGGACUAACACUGACGCCUCAGAGGAUUCAUCACAUGUGAACCAUAUGAUACCCAAAUGCUGUAAAAGCCAGAAUACAAGAAGCUAUUGUUGGGAAAUACAUUUGAAGCAUCGGUUAUGUCAUCAUUAACUAUGUAUUAACUGCAUCCAACUGAGAGUUAAUAGAGUUUGCCUUGAGGAAGUGCCGUGUUUGACUCAAUACUGAAUGCAUUAAGCAGCCAUAGACCAUUAUCAGGUAAUAAAUGCCUUCUUACCUGGUGUGCUAUUACUCAAUCAAGAUUAUCUUGGUGUGAGUGUUGGAAAUAUUGUCAGCAAAGAUGUCUGCCUUUUCUUGAUUAUAAUGCAACUGGAUGGCAAUUGGCUUGUGGUGCAAGAAGCUCCUAAAACACAUUUGGAGAACUCAACAGCAAGAAAUUAUGACCCAUGAAAAACAUCUUGAACCAGUUACUCAAGAUAAUCCUCAGUACUUGUUGUGAGCAGUUUCAUGCAUUUUUUUUUUAAACUGUAAGAUUACAUCUUCUCGUGGAAGAGAGGCUGGUGCUUUAGACAACUGGAAAUGUUAAACUCUAUGAUGUGCUCUCUGUCUAAGGUGUAGCAUUAGCACGUUUAGCUAUAUUCUUGCACAAUUGUUGGUGGUUGUUGUUAGGUAGAGAGAAAAUAGUUCCUAUAUGAGACUGCUCACAACAAGGUCAGUGAAAUAUCUUAAGAAGCAGGGUCAUUAUUUCUGGAAGGGCCAUUGCUGUUGAGUUUUUCAAAUGUAUUUUUGGGUGGAUUUAGCACCAUAAGCCAGAGCCAUCCAGUUACAUUAUGAUUAAGAGUAGGGUUCUUGAAUAAAAUAAUAAUAAUGCAUUUGAUUUAAGAUGCCUUUCAUGACACCCAAGGACACCGUACAGUUAGUUACAUAUUCUAAGAGUUAAAAGCAACAGAACUUAAUAAAAACACAAACAUACCAUCAUGGAGAAGACACUUAAAAUGGACACAAAUGAUAGGGACAGGUUAUAUAUAUAUAUAUAUUAUAAAAUGCAUCUUGUCUGUUAUGUUUUAUGAGGAGGGUGUGUAUUGUAUUGUGUGUUUUCAAUGUCCAAUUUGGUCUUGACUGUUAUCCUGGAAUUGUUUGUUAUUCUGUUAAGAGCAUACUGAGGCAAAUGUCUAACUAAGUUGUAUGGCAAUUAAUGAUUAAAUCUAUGUUGAUAAAUAGCACUAAGAGAACAGUAUAUUAAGAAGUAUCUUCAU